ACAACCAAUCAGCCGAAAUAAAUUAACACCUCGCAAGAAAACAUAGAAAGGAAUGACAGGAGGAAAGAGAUUCGUUUAUGUAACACUUUAGUUUUUACAGAGUGAAAGUUUCAACCCGGAUUAUGACAUCCAACCCGGAAAAUUUGAUACCCGCCAAGCAGGCUGUCCGAAUCUACCACACCAACUACGUGAGGAAUGCGCGAGCGAUCGGUGCCAUGUGGAUAGUUCUCACCAUCGUGUACGCCGUCAUUAACAUGUGUGUGUUCAUCCAGCCGUACUGGAUCGGAGACAGCGUCAACACGCCACAGGCGGGCUACUUCGGCCUGUUCCACUACUGCAUCGGCAACGCGCUUACCGGCGAGCGCACGUGCAAGGGCAGUGCGCUGGACUUCGGCUCCAUCCCCUCGAGCGCGUUCAAAACGGCCAUGUUCUUCGUAGGGAUCUCCAUGCUGCUGGUGGUCGCCAGCAUCGUCUGCUUCAACCUAUUCUUCUUCUUCAACUCGGGCAGCGUGUACAAGAUCUGCGCCUGGAUCCAGCUGGCCUCCUGUGGUUGUAUGGCCAUCGGCUGUCUGCUUUAUCCUGACGGCUGGGAUUCGCCGGAGGUGAAGCGCUUGUGUGGGCAGAUGACGGAUAAGUACAAGCUGGGGCACUGCACGGUGCGCUGGGCCUUCAUCCUGGCCAUCCUCGCCAUCCUUGACUCGUUCUUCCUCUCCUCUCUGGCCUUUGUGCUGGGCAACCGGCAAGACACACUCCUGCCCGAGGAUUUCGGGGAGGAGAAAGGUUCAACUUGAAAUCAAUAACAACAAUGAUAACAAUCACGUAUAAAGCACAUUUAUCAGUGUUUAUGUAGCCUAGCUAUUAAUCACAGGAAGUCUGAAACAUUUGUUGUAUUUAUGUGAGAAAGCACACUGAAGCGCAGUGCAAUAAUAUGCCCAUGAAAAUAAUUCAGAAGAGAGUAUAGCUUAGGCUAGGCAUGUUGUCUGAGAAAUAAAGACUGAGAGUGUGUCGAU